AUGACGGUUGCGGCCAGCGACACUGCAGACGAAGCGGCUGCACAUCCCGGCCAGCCUCAUGAGCACUACGACCCAGAGCCAGAUCAUGAGUGCUGCGAGAGGGUCGUCAUUAAUAUCUCAGGCUUACGCUUUGAGACACAGCUCAAGACCUUGUCGCAAUUUCCAGAGACGCUCCUUGGUGAUCCCAAGAAACGGAUGAGGUACUUUGACCCCCUCCGGAACGAGUACUUUUUCGACCGCAAUCGACCAAGUUUUGAUGCCAUUCUUUACUAUUACCAAUCUGGUGGGAGGCUGCGCCGACCUGUCAAUGUCACUCUUGAUAUUUUUUCUGAAGAGAUUCGCUUCUAUGAGCUGGGCGAGGAGGCAAUGGAAAUCUUCAGGGAGGAUGAAGGUUUCAUAAGGGAAGAGGAACGCCCUUUGCCAGAGAAUGAGUUUCAGAGACAGGUGUGGCUACUGUUUGAGUACCCUGAGAGUUCAGGUCCAGCUCGAAUCAUUGCCAUCAUCUCUGUUAUGGUAAUUCUCAUCUCUAUCGUUAGCUUCUGCUUAGAAACACUGCCAUUUUUACAAAAUGAAGACGAGGACAUAUACAAUGAUCCCUUUCAAAGCAAUUCCAACAUUACCACGACCUAUGAGACCUCAUCAUAUUUUACUGAUCCUUUUUUUAUCGUGGAAACCCUUUGUAUAAUCUGGUUUUCAUUUGAGUUCCUUGUCAGGUUCUUUGCUUGUCCCAGCAAAGCUGGAUUUUUUGGCAACAUCAUGAACAUUAUUGAUAUUGUGGCAAUUAUUCCUUACUUCAUCACCCUUGGCACAGAACUAGCAGAGAGGCCAGAGGAUAGAGAGGCAGGACAGCAAGCUAUGUCCUUGGCAAUUCUACGGGUCAUUCGCUUAGUUAGAGUGUUUCGCAUUUUUAAACUCUCACGCCACUCCAAGGGGCUACAGAUCUUGGGGCAGACUUUGAAAGCCAGUAUGCGUGAGUUGGGACUCCUGAUUUUCUUUCUCUUCAUUGGUGUCAUCCUUUUCUCUAGUGCUGUUUACUUUGCUGAAGCUGACGAGCCUCGAUCCCAGUUCAGAAGCAUCCCAGAGGCCUUUUGGUGGGCUGUGGUUUCCAUGACGACAGUUGGCUACGGCGACAUGGUCCCGACAACUAUGGGAGGAAAAAUUGUUGGGUCUCUUUGUGCUAUUGCCGGUGUUUUGACCAUUGCACUGCCAGUGCCGGUCAUUGUGUCAAACUUUAACUACUUCUACCACAGAGAGACAGAGGGUGAAGAACAGGCUCAAUAUCUAAAUAUCCCAAGUGUGCCUAAAGCGAGCUCAGUUGAUGACCUGAAGAAGACUGGUCGGAGUGGCAGCGGGUCAACUCUCAGCAAGUCUGACUAUGUGGAGAUUCAGGAGGCUGUCAACCAUAGUGCUGACGAUUUUAGACCAGAGGGGAUAAAAACAGGAAACUGCACUCUAGCCAACACAAAUUAUGUAAACAUCACCAAGAUGCGUACAGAUGUGUAA